UCAUAAGCUAGAAGAAUUUCUCCCAAACUCUCUAAAAAUCUAAUUUUUGCUUCCGUGAACCAGCCAGCCUGUUUUCGUUUGCAGUAGUGACUCUCCAAACCCUAACCCUAUAAACCUACUAGUUCUGCCCCACUUUUAAUUAAUUUCUCUGAAAAAAUGGGAGAAACAAGGGACAACGACGCUUAUGAGGAAGAGCUUCUCGACUACGAAGAAGAAGAAGAGAAAGCCCCUGACUCUGUCACUGCUAAAGUCAAUGGCGAUGCGGGCAAGAAGGGCUAUGUUGGGAUUCACAGUUCCGGAUUCAGAGAUUUCCUUUUGAAGCCAGAGCUGCUUCGAGCCAUUGUGGACUCUGGAUUUGAGCACCCUUCCGAAGUUCAACAUGAAUGCAUUCCCCAAGCUAUACUGGGUAUGGAUGUUAUUUGUCAAGCUAAAUCAGGGAUGGGGAAGACUGCGGUUUUUGUUCUAUCAACAUUACAACAGAUUGAACCCACACCAGGACAAGUUGUUGCCCUUGUUUUGUGCCAUACUAGGGAGUUAGCUUACCAGAUUUGUCACGAGUUCGAGAGGUUCAGUACUUACCUUCCUGAUAUCAAGGUUGCCGUCUUCUAUGGUGGUGUUAACAUUAAAGUUCACAAAGAUCUACUGAAAAAUGAAUGCCCCCAUGUUGUUGUUGGCACACCUGGAAGGAUAUUGGCUCUGACAAGAGACAAGGACCUUUCAUUGAAGAAUGUGAGGCAUUUCAUUCUUGAUGAAUGUGACAAGAUGCUUGAAUCACUUGACAUGAGGAGAGAUGUCCAGGAGAUUUUCAAGAUGACCCCUCAUGAUAAGCAAGUUAUGAUGUUUUCUGCCACUCUUAGCAAAGAAAUUCGCCCUGUCUGCAAGAAAUUUAUGCAAGAUCCCAUGGAAAUUUAUGUUGAUGACGAGGCCAAGUUGACCCUUCAUGGUCUUGUGCAGCACUACAUCAAAUUGAGUGAGCUGGAGAAAAACCGCAAGUUGAAUGAUCUCCUUGAUGCAUUGGAUUUUAACCAAGUUGUCAUAUUUGUUAAAAGUGUGAGCCGAGCAGCUGAGUUGAACAAGUUGCUCAUGGAAUGUAAUUUUCCCUCUAUAUGCAUUCACUCUGGCAUGUCACAGGAAGAAAGGUUGACUCGUUACAAAGGUUUCAAGGAGGGUCAUAAAAGAAUUCUUGUGGCCACAGAUUUGGUUGGAAGAGGAAUUGAUAUUGAACGUGUUAACAUUGUCAUCAACUAUGACAUGCCAGAUUCUGCUGAUACAUACCUGCACAGGGUUGGUAGAGCUGGCAGAUUUGGCACCAAGGGUCUUGCAAUUACAUUUGUUUCGUCUGCUUCAGAUUCUGAUGUGCUCAAUCAGGUCCAGGAGAGGUUUGAGGUGGAUAUUAAGGAACUUCCAGAGCAGAUUGAUACAUCUACAUACAUGCCAUCAUAAUGAAGGUUGAAUUAGCAAAAGCAGAGUCUGAUGCCCAAAUCAUGGAUCCAAUUUGUAUUGCUGGAUAUCAUGGCCGUGUACUUGUUGAAUGAGUUGCUUGGGAGGAGCAGCAGCCACCAUUUCCUUGCAAUGUUGGACUGCAUCUGAAGAGUAGUGUUUGUAGCCAUUUAAGGCCUCAGUUAAUUGAGAUUUAGCUCUGUUUCCCUUUUUUUAGGACUUGUUUUUCAUUUUGCUAUCUAUAGAUAUUAUGCUGUGUUGUAAUUAAUUUGGGAGAGCAUAACCUCUGUUUUUUAAAGUCCGAUUUACCCUGUUAUGAAACAAUCAUAUAAACCAAUAUAAUAACGUUAUUGUAUAAAUCAUGCAUUUUCUGAAA